GGGUAAUUGGAAUUGCCCCACGCUUCGUCAUUCUAUCUCAUCUACGAGAAUUUCAUUGUUUUUCUCUACCUUUUAAUACUCGUAUAUUCUUCCUUCCUUUCUUCCUUGUCGCUUUUACUACCCAUAUCAUCAUUUUCAAAAGGAAUAACUCAAGCAUUCAACAUGGUUCGACACAAGAAAGAUAAAUUCUCAUCUCGAGGUGGAAAAGGUCGCGGAAAUGGCCCAACUCGACCGCGCCUCGCCGACGAUGAUUCCGAACAAGCGAACUCUUCCCAACCCGCCUUCAAAGCCGCCUGCUGGGACUUGAACCACUGCGAUCCGAAACGAUGUUCAGGAAAAAAACUUAUCCGACUUGGCCUCAUGCGCGACCUUCAUAUUGGCCAAAGACAUAAUGGCGUUAUUAUUACACCUAACGGAAAACACAAGAUCUCCCCCGCCGACAAAGAAUUAAUGGAACAAUAUGGCGCUGCUGUGGUCGAAUGCUCCUGGGCGCGAACGCAAGAAGUACAAUGGAACAAGGUCGGCGGAAAAUGCGAAAGAUUAUUGCCGUACCUCGUCGCUGCGAAUACUGUCAACUACGGCAAACCCUUCCGACUUAACUGUGUCGAGGCUUUGGCUGCAGCAUUCUACAUAUGUGGUCAUGCCGACUGGGCAGAGGAAGUACUGCGACCGUUUAACUAUGGAGAGUCUUUCUUGGCUAUCAAUUCAAAGGUACUUAGGAAGUACGCCGCAUGCGCCGAUGAAGACGAGAUUAUAAAGACAGAGAAAGAAUGGAUGGAACGAUUAGAGCGGGAACAUGCCGAAAGCAGAGAGAAUGCUGAUGAUGACGAUUUAUGGAAGGGUGGAAAUGUUAAUCGUCGAGCUAUUAUUGACUCCGAUGACGAAGAAGAUGAAGAUGAAGAUGAGGACGAUGGAGAAAAUGGAGACGAAAACGGGGAUAAUGAUAGCGUCGACGGCAUCUACCUUGGGAAGAAACCAGAACAGUGGCCACAUCCCGGAGAAAGCGCGCAAAAGCCGAAAGAGGAGAAGGACAAUAGGGAUCCCUUCCAUAUAUCAGAUGACUCCGACGACGAUGCUGAAAUGGAAGAAAUACGUCGUAAGGUUCUCGCGUCAAAACCAUUCGCCAACUCCAAGGAAGCGGAUCACAAACCCAAGCCACAAGCAAUACCUCCACCUCAACCGCAAAGGUAUCACGUCGACCCCGAUGCAGAGCCUGAUUCGGAUAAUGGGGAAGAUGAAGAUGAAGAUGAAGACGAUGAUGCGUUUGAUAACAUUAUCGACGCUACCCCUAUUACUGAUAGGAUAGGUCUAACAAAGCUUGAGAAGGAAAGGUCAAAAGCAAAUGUCAUGAGUCGGACAUUCUCGUCGGGCUGUGCGACGGCGCCGAAGAGAUGGUGAGUACAUGAUAAAUAAAAAUGAUAGAAACCGUACCCGGUCAAAUGAUGGCGUAUCGUACGCCUUUGCUGGCGUCGCUGGUACUUGUGUCUUCCUCGAACAUGGGCGCGAGGCACGAAAAUUGUCUAUUCGCUAAAUAAUUUGGGUGCCCGACGCUCCAAGCCAUUCCAUUCCGGUUCGUACCUAGGUAUAAGCCCGAUUCCUACUUACAAUACCACCAUGAUUAAAGGUAAGUCUCGAGUCAAGGUGCUAUAGAUAUCUACCCUAAGAACGUACACAGUAAGUGGAUGCCCGUGUAAUUGAAGCCAAUUGAAACAUGUAUAGUCUACGCCUCUACUACGAUUUUCUUUCUCUUAAUAAACACACUAAAAUGCCA